AUGAAUCUCUUUAAGGAGAUCCUGCCUAGAGUAAGGAAGAUUCUUUCAGCCGCUACAGCUUCUGAUGACCACAUGUUGCUUAACCUCAUGCUGAAAGAAGAUGUGAUAUCCAAGGAGUACCAUCAAGCCUUGGUCCAUGAAAAAGACAGAGAGGACCUCGCAAGGAAGAUAUCUCUGAUAUUUGUGGAAAAAUGGGACCUGUACUUGAACACUUUGGUUCCUCUCUGUUGUUUAAACCUCUGUGGCAGUAAGCCUCAAAACAUGACAGAUAAUGAGCCAACAGGAAGCAAGUACAUUUCUGACAGCAAGAGGCAAAUCAUGGAUUCAGCAUUUGUGUCUGAAAAUGGCUAUCUCAAUUUGCUGCACAGUGAUAUUGAUCCGUUGCAUCUGUAUACUCUCCUUGAUCCUAAGUCAUCUGGAAAUGAAGAAGGUGACUUCUCUGUAGAUCCCGAAGUUGAUGCCAGCAGCUAUGAUCAUCUCAGUAAUAUGGAUUUCCUGUGUACAACGGAAAAUGGUGAAAAUGGGGAUGAAUUGUAUCUCUGUUCCAACACGAUAGAAGCUUAUGCUAGAAUAGCUGAAUUAGCAGAAUAUGUGCUCAAAGAUCAGCAGGAGAAGCAGGUGGAAGACACUUUUGCAGGGAACCUUAUUUUGGAUGAAAUAGCUGCUGAAAACACUGAGAAAUUUACUGACAUAAAGAUGCAGAAAUGUCACAAACGAACCUUCUUAGGCUCUGCAGAGAGUUGCUCUGGUGCUUCAGAACCCAAAUACAAGAAAAUUGGAUCUUCAGCACCUUUGAUUCCAGAGUGUCUACCUGUCAGCAUUAUAGGGAACCAAGAGAAUACAGGCUUUGCAGAUCCUCCUCAGCAGAUAUUUAACUUUAUUCUUGGAAAUGGCACAUCUGAUGUUAUAAUAUAUCCAGUGCUGAGUUCUUCCACAGCAACACCGAUAUCCCCAAGUUUUCCAGUUGGUUUGUGUGGUUUAGAAAUGUUCAAAGAAGUCCGAGUUCCCAUAUUUCCUUCUGAAGAACCUUUCAAAAGACCAAAGCCAGUGGAAGCUUUCCGUAUAUCACUGAUGGAUUAUUUCCGAGAUGUGUGCAAAUCUGUGGCCAUGGAGCGUGAAGUAACUCUUGAUCACCUGUUCAUUGAUGGGACACUUGUUCAAAGCCAAACUGAAACUAAGCCUGGGAAGAAUAGUAUAAAAGCCAUGGAAAAGGAGUUUGUAACUUGCAGUCUGCAAGGGAAGGAAAAGGCAGCUCUUAAAAGAAGUCAAAUAUUUCAAAUCCCAGGAGGUAAAGACUUAGAGACUAAAGUGAUUGUGGUGCUGGGAAAAGCAGGAAUGGGCAAAAGUAUUCUUGUUCAGAAGAUCUGCCAGGACUGGUCCAAUGGAGAGUAUUCUCAGUUUGAAUUUGUAUUUUGGUUUGACUGCAAACAAUUAAGCUUGCCUGAGAAGCGAUAUAGCCUGAAGGAUCUGCUUCUUGAAUUUUUUGUAAAACCUCAAGAGGGAAGCAAAGAGGUCUUUGAGUAUAUAUUGCAAAAUCCUGCUAAAGUCCUUCUGAUUUUUGAUGGUUUUGAAGGGUUGCAUGAUCAUGAGACUUUUCCUCGUUGCUCGGCCAGUCAGCCUGAGAACGACUUGUGCAGUAUAAAGGAGCUGCUUUCAGGACUCGUCCAAAAAAAGAUGCUUAAUGGUUGUACUUUAUUAUUUACAGCAAGACCAAAAGACAAGGUGUACCAGUAUGUGUCCAAAGUGGAUAAGACUAUUGAAAUAGUAGGAUUUUCCCCUCAGCAGAGAGACUUGUACAUAACCAAAUACUUCGAAGGAUUACCCUACUGUGAUAAUGCACUGAAAUUAAUCAAAGAGUGUGAGUACUUGUUCAGUCAUUGUUACAGCCCUGUUAUGUGUAGACUUGUUUGUUUUCUCUGUGAGACAGUACUUGAAAUGGGAGACAAAAGCCUUCCUUCAACUCUUACUACAAUCUUCCUGAGAUUUGUUCAGCAAAAGAUAAUACCUAUGCAAACAGAUGUUACAGCCAUGCAAAAUCAAGAGAGUCUUGCUACACUAGCCCAUAUAGCCUGGUAUCUUGGAGAAAAACACCAAAGUGCCAUGAAAAGUGAUCUUCUUCCUUCUAAGGAAGUUAAAGAGUUUGCUCUGAAAUACGGAUUUUUCCUGCCAUUUGCAUUCCCCAGACAUUCAGAUAGUGGCAAAGAGGAAUUUGGGAGCACGUUCUCUGAUUUUGUCAUUCAGAAUUUCUUGGGUGCGCUUCACCUUACGUUAGCAGAAGAGAUCAAGGAUAAAAGUUUAACAAAGUACCUGUCUUUUCCAUUCAAGAAGAAAAAACGUUAUAACUGGUUAGAUUUAGUGCCUCGAUUUUUGGCUGGAUUGUUGUUCCUCCAGGAUGACCCCUACUUCUACUCCCUUUCAAAUAAGGAUGGGAAACAAUCAACCAAGAAGCAGAAAACACUCUUGAAAUAUAUUAGAAAGCUGCAGAUAGACGAGCUCUGUCCGGAGAGGUUACUCGAGAUUUUGCAUUGUAUUUAUGAAACACAAAGCGAUUCUCUUUUGCAGCAUGUGGCCUUAAGGCUCAAGCCAGACCUGUCUUUUCUGGGCAUAGCUCUUGCACCACCUGAUGUCCAUGUACUGCACUCUAUUUUAAAAAGGUCAAGAAAAGAGUUUUCCUUGGAUUUGAGAAACAGCAGCAUUGACAUGCAAGGGCUAAAAGACUUGGUUGGCCUAAAGAAUGUGGCAUCAUUCAGGGCCUCCCUCAGCGAUACAGUCAGGCUCUGGAAAUCUUUACAACAGACAAAAGACUACGAACUGCUGAGAGCAUCAACAGAGAAAUUUGUUCUUGAUCCUUUUAAGGCAAAGACAAUGAAAGACAUCAGCGACCUUUCAGACAUCGUAGAGAUGCAGGAGAAGAUGGCUAAUUGUGUGCAAGAUGCAUCUGGUUGCAGCAGCUAUGAAAUUCCAGCCAUCAAAAACCUCAGAAAACUAGAAUUUGCACUGGGUCCAGUGUGUGGCCUUCAGGGAUUCCUGAAACUCGUGGAAAUUCUUGCAGCAUUUCCAUCACUUCAGCAUUUAGACCUUGAUGCUCUGAGUGAAAAUGGCAUAGGAGAUGAAGGAGCAGAGAGUCUAUCUGAAGUCUUUCCAACCCUGACAUCACUGGAAACAUUAAACUUAUCACAGAAUAAGAUAACAGAUGUGGGUGCGGAGAAACUAGCUACAGCUCUUCCUUUCUUGUCUUCAUUAAAGACACUAAGCUUAUACAAUAAUAGCAUUUGUGAUUUUGGAGCAGAAAAUCUUGCGAAAGUUCUUCCUGCGAUGGCAUCUUUAAGAGUGCUAGAUGUUCAGUAUAACAAAAUAACUGGUGUGGGAGCCCAGCAGCUGACUGACAGCCUACGAAAAUGUCCCCAUAUAAAGAACUUGGUGAUGUGGAAUCCCACCAUUCCCUAUGGAGUUCUUGAACACCUUCAGCAGCUGGACUCUAGGAUCAGUGUGUAGAUUUAGAUGUUCCCAUGAAGGUAACAUAAAGAAGAGAGGAAGGUGUCCUCUGUAUUUUGUUAUUUUCCUGCUGCUUUAUGAAUUGGUGGCUGGUUUUCAUGACAGUGGCAAAAUGAAAAAAAAAAAAAAGCCACAUUUAAGCUUCUGAGUGAUGCUUGAAGUGGGUGGAUGAUGGAGUUCAAAUUUUUUUAAGGGUCAUUUAAAAUGCUAUUCAAAGACCCAGUUGUGUUUCUACUGAAGUGAUAAAGAGUUAAGCAACAUCAAGUUUUAAAGAUGAAAAGAGCAUCUGGAUAUUGUGAUCACCAUUAAAGGUGACCAGGAAUUACCAGGAUAUUGACAGUACAAAAUUCCAUCAUCAAUCCAUCGAAGAGUAGACUGCAAGCUGCUGGACCUGCGACAUUUGAAGUAGUGACAGACCAAAUCUAAUUGUUUCAUGGUGCAAGUGGUAACUGCGAUCAAAUUCAGUUUGAUUGUUUUUGGACUUACAAAGCUCAGUGUUACAGAUUUCACCU